GCGUAUUGUGUACAUCUCUAAUAAAGUCAAAUCAUAAAAAUAUUUUGAUUUCUGGUUUGCUUUUGCUAUGUGUUGUCUUAUGUGGUGGUUGCCCUAAUUUUGUUUUAGAUUUCUUCCGUAUGAAUACAAUAUUGCUCAAACUUAGAUCCCCUACUUCCUGGCGACUGUUAUCUAGUUAUUUAUCGCCUUAAAUUCUACGAAAAACGGAAUAUUAACUAUCAUAAUUGAAGAAACGUUUAAAAGAAUUUGGUUUUAUGAAAGCAUUUUUUUCUGUGUUAAGUUUUAAAUCGGAAGUUGUAGGUGUGAAUUGUGAUACAUUACUUAAAAACUAGUGUCUUUAAGGGCUAACGUAUGCCUUAUUGAGAUUUGUCACGAUGUCUUCGUUCACCGAUUGCUACGAUGGUAGCAAAAUAUUCAGUUUUUUCUCCAAUAGGAUUGGUCUUCCAAUUGACCUAGUUAAUUUUUUGAUCGCACAAAUAGCUGCACUUUGCCUGGCCCGACUUUUUCGAAAACCAUUAAGAGUUGCUUCACCAGAAUUUCGUCAUUUAGUAUGCCUUGUUAUAGGUUUGCUUAUGGGAUAUUUCUGCUUUGGAAAACAAGCAAUUCACUUAUCAGUGCUUCCAAUGAUAACAUAUGUUCUUCUGAAAACAUUUCCACAACAUAUAAUAGGAAAUAUUGUUUUAGCUGUGUCUAUGGUUUAUCUAUCGUGCAUACAUUUACAUCGACAAAUUUAUCAUACUGCGGAUUACACUCUUGAUAUAACAGGACCCUUGAUGGUUAUAACACAAAGGGUGACGUCACUGGCGUAUUCACUGCAAGAUAAUUUAAUAAGGAAAGAAAUUAAUGCGAACUCUACAGGAAAUCUGAAUGAUAAGAAUAGAAUUGACAAGGUACCGUCGCCGUUGGAAUACUUUGCGUAUACAUUGGCGUUUCAGACACUUAUGUGCGGACCUGUUGUGUUUUAUCCCGAUUAUAUCAGCUUCAUUGAGUGUGUUCGAGAUGAUGGGAUGGCAAAGGAUAAAACCGGAGAGAGCGAGCCUUCUCCAAGACGCGCAGUAAUAUACAAAGUAGCUGGAUCUGUGGCCGCUGCUCUGCUCUACUUGUCUCUGGCAAAGAAGUACCCAAUAAGAGCUUUAGAAGGUCUAGUGGACCCAACAUCAGAAGUGUCUCGCUCGUGGUCAGCCGUAUACCUACUUUGGUACGCGUACCUAUCAACUUUAGUCGUAAGAUGCAAGUACUACCACGCUUGGCUCCUCUCUGAGGCAAUUUGUAAUAACUCUGGCAUGGGCUUCAACGGAUAUGACAAUGAUGGAACGCCGAAGUGGGAUAAAAUGUCUAAUAUCGACGUUUUUGGAUUCGAGUUUGCCCAAAACAUGCGCGUGGCAAUUGCCAGCUGGAACAAAAAUACGAACGCGUGGCUACGUACAGUCGCGUACGAAAGAGGCGGCGCCGCCUGGCGAACGGCUCGCGUUUACUCGCUGUCCGCGGUAUGGCACGGCUUUCAUCCGGGUUAUUAUAUGACAUUUUUCGCAGGGGGACUCUUUACUGAAGCUGCUAAAAAGGUCCGAGCUUUUGCGAGACCGCUGUUCCUAAACAGCGCUAUUAGCAAGUUAUUCUAUGACUCGCUGACGUUUCUCACGACACGUAUAGCGAUGACAUAUGCCACUGUCCCAUUUGUAUUGUUGCAUCUGUCACCGAGUCUCGCAUUCUAUGGGCGCCUAUAUUAUUCGCUACACUUCUUAGCACUGGGAGCUAUGUUGUUGCCAAAAUCGAGGCAUGCCGUCGCUUCUCAAACGGAACCGCGUAAGUCAAACAGUAAAAGUAUUGAAGCCAAUGGUGAAGCUAACGGGAAAUUAAAAAUAUCCUAAAUACAAUACAUAAUUAAGUACUAAUAGGGUCACUCGGAUCUUGACUUCUAUUGCGUUACAAAGGAAAUUUAAAAAGAUAAUCAGGAUGUAAUUAAAAUAACCGUUGUAUUAUUUAUACCUAUGUCUAUGAAAUAUUAAUAUUUUGUCAGUAGUAAUGUUGUCCAAUUGUAAACCAUAGGUUAUUUUCUGGGCAAAAAUAUUUUUCUAUUUUUCGCAACACAUAAUUGUAAACACUUAUGAAAAUAAUUCAUUAUAGUCUUCUUAAGACCAUAAUGGACGUACUUUUAGCUUUAAAAAAUGACAUGAAAUGGAACAAAAUUUGUCAUCAUGUUAAUCAAGUUAAUUUUCUAGUGCAGAUUGCCCUCCACCUUAUAUUUAUAAUUGUAAGCUGGAAAAUUUGUUUUUUCGGUAAAUCUAUUUCCAGAAACUACUGGUUUUAAUUUAAGUUCCUCGUCUUAAGUUUCUUUCUGCAAUUGAUUUUAUUGCAGUUUGUUAAAGAGGUAUAAAGAUAAAUUUAAAAAUAAUCUAUUUAUCAGUAUUAUCAUCGCAAUAACGACUUUUCUAUUUAGGUCCGUGUCGCAUAUAUAUUAUAAUCUAACAUUGCACAAAAAUCUACCUCCAACCAUAGUAUUGAUAUAUUAUUUAUAUUCAAAAUGAUAAAUGUAUUUGUUAAUUUAACGUAUUGCAAAGUUCGGUUGUAUGAUUACUGUUAAUUAUUACGAAGAUUAUUCAUGUUGAGAAUAAAAUAUUGUUUUUGCUGGUUUGAAUUAUAUUUAAUUUUAAUUGACUUAUUUUUCGUAUUCGUCAUAAUAUUAAUUAUUUAUUCUCACCAGAUUUCAAAAAAUAUUGUGGCAGGUACGAUUUGCAUAUAUUUAUUGGUUACAUUAUUAUAAACUUCUUUUAUAUGUACUAGCGUUUUUAAAAUGCAACAUAUCAAUAUAUUUUGACUGACUAAAUGACUCGAAAGCAUUAAAUAAUGUUUUAAGUGUCAGUAAAUUUAGUGUAUAAUAAUGCUGUCAAAAAUUUAUUUUAGAAUACGACAAGUCGACGAUAAGUCUUUUAAGCAUAGAUUACAGCAUUUUUAGUUUGUAUAAAAUAUAAUAAAUCUGAAUGGUUAAUUUGCACAAUAUUUGUAUUUAUAUAAUAUAGCUGUUGACUUAAAAAUAACUGUUUGUUGCCAUAGUAUAAAAUUAACAUACAUUAUGGGUUGCUACCAAUUGUUUAUUCUUACAUGUUUCAGCACUGGUUGAAGUUUCAGUAUGUACGAAAUGUAUUUAAUAGUAAAACUCAAUACUAAGUUACAAAUAAAAUUUUAUUAUAAAGUCCAUGAAUUACACUUACUACAGUAUUAGUAAUUAGUAUAUUAUACAAAAAUUGUUAUUAAUAUGCCUACAAUAAUAAUAAUUUUAAUGUUGUUUAUCAUCUGAAAACAGAACACUUCAAUGGAAUACCAUUACUUUCCUUUUUUGUGAUCCUGUAACAAAAAGGUAUAAAGUAACAUAUCAUUAUAAUAUGUUGAUAUAUAAUGAAAUUAAUCCACAAUUGUGAGUUAUUAUUUGUAUUUACUGUUAACACAAUAUUUUAAAAAUCUCAAGUUAAAAUAAUUCAAUAUUUUUAGAUAGAACAGUGAGUUUAUUAAACUGGCUGGAGUUAAACAAUGUCAAUUGUUAAUUGUGUUACAAUUAUAUUGUAAUUAAUCUAGUUUUGUUUAUGUAUACAUAAAAAUUAGUUCCAAUAGUAGUUACCAUACUAAUUUGAUUAACCAGCAAUAAAACCUAUUAUAUAAGGCCAAUUCCAACAAUUAUGUUUAGGACUUUUCACAAACAUCUAUAUAGGUUAUCACCAUUAAUUUAAAAAAUAUAUAAGAGCAAUUAUUUACUAAUGGUUGUUACAUUUAUAAAGUUUUCAAUAAAUAUUUAUUUUAUUA